UAGUCUGUUUUUUUUUUUUUCGUGUUUAGGUUUUUGCUAUGUCAGGACGUGGUAAGCAGGGUGGUAAGGCUCGAGCCAAGGCGAAGUCUCGUUCUUCCCGGGCUGGUCUUCAGUUCCCCGUGGGCCGAGUGCAUCGUCUUCUCCGUAAGGGCAACUACGCCGAGCGGGUCGGGGCCGGCGCGCCGGUGUACCUGGCGGCGGUGCUGGAGUACCUGACGGCCGAGAUCCUGGAGCUGGCAGGCAACGCGGCCCGCGACAACAAGAAGACGCGCAUUAUCCCGCGUCACUUGCAGUUAGCUAUUCGCAACGAUGAGGAGCUCAAUAAGUUGUUAGGCCGCGUGACCAUCGCUCAGGGCGGAGUUCUUCCCAACAUCCAGGCGGUGCUGCUGCCCAAGAAAACCGAGAGCCACCACAAGGCUAAGGGCAAGUGAUCUGACAGGGAUCUGAGUUUCCGGAAGUGCUUUCAAACCCAAAGGCUCUUUUCAGAGCCCCCAUCAUUUCAAAAGAAGAGCUAUUACCACUCUUUAUGUUAAAGGAAAGAAACAAAGUAAGUUAAUUUCUAUCCAAGCAAGGACAAUAAAAAACAGUUUUAGAAGAAACUCAACGUGUUACUAGGAACCUACCGGUUUUUUGCAAAAAGUGGUUUCAAAAGCUUCUGGCUACAAAGAGAUGUCUAGAUCCAGGGCGUCUGUCAAACUCAUCAAUUCUCAGAAAUAAAUGGAUUGGCGUCAGUGUUCUGACAUCAUUGAUUGAUUCUGCACCUGCAAAUUUUUUCCUAUUAAACACUUAC